GUUUUUUUUUUGUUUGUUUCGGUUCGUGAUCAACAACAUCCGACAAAGCCAACCCUAACCCACACAAUCCCGCGUCAUGCCUGUCGACGGGCCGAGUUGCUACACGCAGCCACUGACGCCGUUGCUGGCAGGCGAGCAUCUGCGCAUCAGCACUCGCGACGUGCGAAGCGUCUUUCGAGCUGGCGCGCGUGCCGCCCACCUCGUCACCCUCUUCCAGGCACAGUCUCAGUCUCAGAAUCAGUCUCAGAGUCAGUCUCAGACUCAGUCUCAGACUCCAUCUCAGGCUCAGCAACCGCAGCUUCAAGCGCAACUGCAAGUCCCAGCAGAGAGCUGCGCUUCCAAUGGUGCUCCUAUGGCGACCGUGACUCCGACCACUCCGACCACUCCCGCCACGCUGAUCACUUCUGCUACUGCUGCUGCUACUACUGCUGGUGGUGCUGGUGCUGGUGCGCUUGCGAUUGUGGCCUGUGGCACGCUGCUCGUCACAAACUACCGCCUCGCAUUCGUCCUGUCGUCCAUGGCGCCAAACCAGCCUUCGCUCGAAGCACUCGUGCCAGGACUCCCGACCGCUGCUGCUGCUGCUGGUGGUAGUGGCAGUGGUGGUGCCGUGCCCGCUCCAGGCUCCUCGGGUGCUGUGGUUGGAGGCACUGCGAGUCUCGCGUCCGCUCUCGUUGGAAGCCUCAUGAUGUCCUUCCACACUGGCAACAACCAUGCCGCCGCGGACACUGCAGCAACCGGCGCUGGUGGUCGAGGAUCGCUGCCAAAUGCAAAUGCGACGGUUACGGCAGGUGGUUCGAAAGCCGCGCGUCAGUACUCGUCGAUGGACAAUCUGUCCCAAGCACUCGCCAGGCAAGACGACGACGAUGUCGCUCCAAGCAACACAGAGAGCAACGGCGUGCUGACGGAGCCGGCGGAUGGGCGUGCAUCCGCAUCGACUGCUGCAUCUCUAGCAAGCAGUGUCAAUGAUCUCACGGGGCUCGAUGACAUUGAGCUCGAUGACGCCUGGUUUGGCGCGAACGGAGUGGGCUUUGAAAUCCCUCUGGGGCUGGUGAGCCACGCCGAAAAGGUUGGAGGCCAUCGAAACCUGCGAGAUAGCGUUUACGGACUGGAUGUGUACUGCAAGGAUGGCACGGUUCUCUUCCUGGGCUUUGAUCUCGAAGGCCAUGUCAACUACGAACGACGACACGUGUACGACAUGCUCGUGUCUCAAGCAUUCCCUCUUUCCUACAACAAGCCCCUCUUUGCCUUUGUCCAUGGUGCAGUUUCGCUUCACAUUCCGUUGACUGUCGAUUCUAAUCCAGCUCAAUCCAGCCAAAGAAACCACUCCAUCCAGUUGCAAAGUCUUCCUCCAGCUGCCUCAACGUCGACAGUCAGCGUGGCAGGCGACUAUGCUCGGCUGGGUAUUCCCAAUGACUAUUGGCAAAUAUCCGACGCCAACCGAAACCACGAGCUCGUCCCCAGCUACCCCGCACAGCUCGUCGUUCCUGCUGGCUUGUCCGAGGAUCACUUGAAGGACGUGGCCAAGUUCCGCACGCAGGGGCGCCUUCCCAUUCUUUCUUGGGUCCACAGUACUUCUGGCGCUUCCAUCACACGAUGUAGUCAGCCCAAAAUCGGCGUUCUCGGAAAGCGCUCGAUCGUCGAUGAAUCGAUGCUGCGACUGCUCGCUGCCUCUAACAUUGAGCGAAACAACAAACUUUUCGUGGUCGAUGCCCGCCCCUACAAGAACGUGAUUGCCAAUCAGGCCAUGGGCGCAGGUGUCGAGCAUACUUCCGUGUACCAGCAUGUUGAGAUUGAGUUCAUGAACAUUGAGAACAUUCACGUCAUGCGCGAGUGUUUAAAACGGCUUCAUCGCGGGUCGCAUGUAGAGUGGCUGCAGCACGUCAGCCAAGUUUUGAAAGGCGCACUGCGUAUUGUGCACAUCAUUCUUGCAGAACGCGCCUCCGUAUUAAUCCAUUGCUCUGAUGGCUGGGAUCGCACGCCACAGCUCUCUGCCCUUGCGCAAUUGUGCUUGGACCCGUAUUACCGCACUAUUGUCGGAUUUGAGUGUUUGAUCCAGAAAGAAUGGCUGUCAAUGGGUCACAAAUUUGCUCAACGGCUCGGACACGGCACGAAAAAUCACAGCGAUGAACAACGGUCGCCGAUUUUCAUCCAAUUCCUGGACUGCGUGUGGCAGCUGUGCAACCAAUUUCCGUCUGCGUUCGAGUUCAAUGCACGCUUUUUAAUCACUGUCGCCAACGAGGCGUACACAUGCCGAUUUGGCACGUUCUUGUUCAACAAUGACUUUGAACGAAGACAAGCCGAUCUCGCCUCCCGAACGCUGUCGCUCUGGGACUACAUUGACAACGCCAAGGGACUCUACCAAAACAUUGCAUACUCGCCGCCCAGCCAGCCAGUGCUGUACUAUGAUGCAUCGCCAUUGCGCAUGCUCGUGUGGAAUGACUUUUAUUUCCAGGGCGUGCGACGAGCGCGAAGGAACGACUGGACGCUGAGCACGUUGGUGUUUGCGAAUGGAGAUGCAUCAAGUGCACGCAACUCGCAGUCUGCUCACCGCGAUCGCGAGCCGUCCGCGAACGAUGCGUCCGAGUCGCAGGCUGAACCAUCGAGCGUUGCUCGAAACACUGUUGUGCAUUUGCUCCAGCCCCAGCCCCAUGCGCCUUUGGUGCCGGGAGCUGCGGCUGCCUCCAGUUCUGGUGACGGCAUUCCCCCUUCUCCUGCGAAAACGAUCGUCAAUUCGUCCGUUCUGGCGAGUGGCUCGAGCGGCGUCACGAUUCCUGGGCUUGGUCAGCCAUCCCGCAACGCUGUGACCGCGUCAGAGGGAAUAGCAUCCCUUUCGCGAACUGGUGUGGUGAUUGAAGGCUACCUGACCAAGCAAGGAGGCAACUUUAAGACGUGGAAGAAACGCUGGUUUGUUCUCGACUCGGCCACGCUGCAGCUCCGGUACUAUAAAGAGCCGACUCCAGUCGCUUCAUCCAUUCAGAAGGCAAAUUUGCAACCCUCGAGCAGCAACCUCCCGCUCGGUGUCAUUGACAUUGCCAACUGCGACGACAUCCAGCACGAAGACGGCGGUCGCUCCUCCGAUGCGCAUGCCUUCCGUAUCGUGACCCCGAAUCGCACGUACUUUGUGCGCGCUGACAACCAGGUUUUCGCCAACCUGUGGGUCGAUAAGCUCCAAGAGGCGCGCACGAUGGCGCACCAGAUUCGUGCGUCAACAACUGGCAGCUAGUCGGCUCCAGUGACCUGCGAAUUGACGUGUUGUGCUUGUUAGCGCAACUUUGGCAUUGUUAUUCAGCCUUUUUAUGACAGGAAUAAACCAAACAGGGCUACCGUUCAAG